AUGGCAUGUCUGAAUUUCCGGGUCUCCCCGGUGGACGGCAAGGGCCUCGGAGCUGUGGCAACCAAGCCGAUCGCCCAAGGUGACUGGGUGCUUGAAGACGACCCUGCUUUGUUGAGGCUUUCUACAGAAGACGUGGCCCACUUCGACGAGCGCUGGCCCGCAGGAGGUCGCCGCUCAGAGGAGUACCUCCUGGCGCGAGAGGAGCACUUCGAGUCGGUUCUUCAGGCGCAGCUGCAGCAGCUUCCGGAUGACCAGCAGCAGCGGAUCCUGGCACUUCAUAGCCGCAGAGGCUGCCAAGGCCUGGCCGACAUCUUCUUCACCAAUGCACUGCCCACAGAGGAGGAAGACUGGGUCCUGUCAAGCGGCCAUGAUUAUGGGCAUGGUGCGGGAAGUGAAGGGUAA